AUGUCACGCUCUUUCCCAGGCGAGCAAAUAGAGGCGGCCUAUAAUGCACGUCGACUACAGAACUGGGAGGUGCCAGCAGAAGAUAAAUCUAAGGCCGUGCAAACGACAACAGGCACACGAUUUGGCACCCUUAUCCCACGCACUGGCAAGACAGAAUUCAUCGCCGAUGAUAGCGGGCACCUUAAGCCGGGUGUGCCCAAGAUCAAUAAUGCCUUCAACAACUCGGGAACCGCCCCCGUCUACAUGAACUCAUCGCCCAGGUGGCCCAAGGAGAACCCCACGUGGCCCAAGACAGAGAAGGCGACGAUGGGUUACAAAGGCAUUUCUACGGACUACCUGCCUACCUCCACCGUGACGCUUAAGGCCGUCGAGGUGAAGGGGACCAAGGAGCGCAACUUCAACUUUACCUGA